CAUUAAAAGAGGCUAAUCGCGAGAACGAGAUUUUAUCGGAGAUCCAUUUGCUGGAGGUAAAAAUGGCGUCAGUGAUCUCUUCGCUUAGUAAAGGUAUCGGGCGACUGCCGCCAAUAAGCGCUUGUUUUCGAAAUGUUCUCCCUUUGGUUUCCUCAAGAUCAAUUACCCAAGUUCCCAAAGAAGAAGUGCUGAAGCAAAUUGAGAAGCCAAAGUACCCUGGUGAACUUGGGGAAUAUACAGGUGCUGUGUACUACCCAGAUGAAGUUACCUCAAAAUGGGAUGAUGAAGAGCUUGUUAUUGAAAAAGGUGUCACAAACAUCACAUUAAACUUUGGACCACAGCACCCUGCUGCCCAUGGUGUCCUUAGACUGGUCCUUGAGCUCAGUGGAGAGGUGGUAGAAAGAGCUGACCCACACAUUGGCCUUCUUCACAGAGGAACCGAAAAGUUAAUAGAGUACAAAACUUAUCUCCAGGCACUACCAUAUUUUGAUAGACUUGAUUAUGUGUCAAUGAUGACAAAUGAACAAUGCUACUCGCUGGCCGUUGAGAAACUGCUAAACAUACAGAUUCCUGAGAGAGCAAAAUGGAUAAGAGUUUUAUUUGGGGAAAUAACAAGAAUUUUAAAUCACAUUUUGGCUGUGACAACUCAUGCAGUUGAUGUUGGUGCAUUCACUCCACUUUUCUGGUUGUUUGAAGAGAGAGAAAAGUUAAUGGAAUUCUAUGAAAGAGUAUCUGGUGCACGAUUGCAUGCUGCUUAUGUACGACCUGGUGGUGUCUCACAGGAUUUACCACUUGGAUUAAUGGAUGAUAUCUACGAUUGGUUGUUAAAGUUUGGUCAAAGAAUAGAUGAAGUUGAAGAAAUGCUAACAGCAAACAGGAUUUGGAAGCAAAGAUUGGUUGACAUCGGAAUUGUCACAGCCGAAGAAGCUAUGAAUUAUGGAUUUUCCGGUGUGAUGCUUCGUGGCUCAGGAAUUAAAUGGGACCUGAGAAAAUCCCAACCAUAUGAUGCAUACGAUCAAGUGGAGUUCGACGUACCGGUUGGAAAGCAUGGCGAUUGUUAUGAUAGGUAUCUUUGUCGAGUUGAAGAAAUGAGGCAGAGUAUGAACAUCAUCCAUCAGUGCCUUAACAAGAUGCCAGAAGGACCAAUCAAAGUUGACGAUGCAAAAGUUUCCCCGCCAAAACGAUCUGAGAUGAAGGACUCAAUGGAAGCACUGAUCCAUCACUUCAAACUGUACACCGAAGGCUACAAUGUGCCACCUGGUUGCACCUACAGUGCCAUCGAAGCUCCAAAGGGCGAGAUGGCUGUUUAUCUCGUAUCUGAUGGAACCAAUAAACCCUAUCGUUGCAAAAUUAGAGCACCCGGUUUCUUUCAUUUGGCGUCGCUUGAUUUCAUGUCAAAGGGUCACAUGCUGGCAGAUGUAGUGGCAAUUAUAGGAACACAAGAUAUCGUCUUUGGAGAAGUUGAUCGCUGAGUCCCGCGCGAUGAGAUCAUUGACUAGUUAGCUAGUUUGCCUGAGUAUAAUUUGUACAUAAAUUAAAUCUACUCAAAGACCGUUUGGUGACAGGAAUUCUUACGACUUGUUUUGGAGUGGAAUACUAACUAUUUCUGAAUUAUUUUCUGAAAGUCAAACAGCA